UUCCGGCGGGGGACGUUCCGCAGUGUUUGAAGGAGGCCUUGGCGGGGAAAUGGCGGAGCCGGCGGGGGAUGUGGAGGCUCUGCCCCGAGGAGGGUUCCGCUGCUGCCUCUGCCGCGUGACGGUGGCCAACAAGCCCAGCCUGGAUGAUCACUUGCGUGGAAAAAAGCACCAGCACUUGGAAAACCUCCGUAGUAUCCGCCAGACCCAAGAGCUUCGCAGUGUUUUUGUCAGUGGCUUCAGCAAAGGGACACCAGCCUCGGAGCUGAGCGAUUAUUUCCAAGCCUAUGGAGAAGUGAUCAAUGUUGUGAUGGACAAGGAUAAGGGUGUCUAUGCCAUUGUAGAACUGCAAAACGAAGAGAUGCUGAAGAACGUUUUGGCGCAAACAAACCAUAGUCUAGGAGGCCAAAAGCUGCGUGUCAAACCUCGAGAGAAGAAGGAUUUCAAAAAGAAACCUCCUAGGAAGCAGGGUUCAGCCAGGCAGCAGCAGCUGAAUCCUGAGAAGUUGGCACAAAAGUUGUGCGAGGCUGACGACGUGGAUGCACAGAUGUCUUUGAUGGUGCAACUCUUUGAAUUUUCAGAGAGUGAGCGGCGCUUGCGGGACUUGGUGGUCACACUCUUCCAGGAAGUUUUCCUAGAAUUUUUCCCUGGUUCUGCCAUCCUCCCCUUUGGCUCCUCAGUGAACAGCUUUGAUGUCUCUGGCUGUGACCUAGAUUUGUUCCUGGACCUUGAAAAGGCAAAACACUUCCAGGCUUCUGCCAAGGGCUCCAGUGCAUCACAGGAUGGAGCCAAUCCAAAACUAGACUCACAGUCAGAGGAUUCACUCCUAAGUGAUGUGGACCUGACCACAGCCACAGUGCCUGAAGUACUAGAACUUGUUGCCACUGUGCUGCAAAAGUGUGUCCCAGGAGUUCACAAUGUCCAAGCUGUGCUGAAUGCCCGUCGUCCUGUUGUCAAGUUUUGCCAUAAAGAAUCUGGCCUGCGUGGUGACAUCUCCAUAAACAACAGGCUGGCACUCUGCAACACACGUUUCUUGCAGCUUUGCACUGAGGCAGAUGAGAGGGUGAGGCCUUUAGUCUAUGUGGUGCGUUACUGGGCAAAGCAGCAGGUGCUGGCAGGGAACCCUUUUGGUGGAGGUCCCCUCCUCAAUAACUAUGCCCUGACGCUGCUGGUGCUUUUCUUCCUGCAGACACGCAGCCCGCCAGUCCUGCCCACAGUUGCCCGCCUGAGGGAACUGUUAGAUGAUGAGGAGCAGACCACAGUAGAUGGAUGGGACUGCAGCUUCCCCAAGGAUUCAGCCAAAUGGGACCCAAGCAGGAAUAAAGAGAGCCUUUGCUCCCUUCUAGCAGAAUUCUUCCAUGUCUUUGAAGACUACGAUUUUUCAGGCUGUGUGAUAUCUCUCCAGGAAGGUCAGCUACUGCCUUUGUCCACUUUUCUAUCAUCUGAAGUUAGUGACAAAUUCAAAAUUGGAUCGUUCAAUCUUCAAGACCCCUUUGAGUUGAGUCACAAUGUAGCUGCUAAUGUCAACAAGAAGACGGCACAGCGAUUUCAGCUGUGCUGCCGCAGUGCUGCCAAAUACUGCCGGAGUUUGCAGUACCAGCGCAAGUCCACCAAAGGCAAGAUCUGGGGACUGGUCCGCUUGUUCCAGCCAGGCAAUUUGGAGACUGAGGCUGAUACGGCUGGAGAACUCAUCAUCUGCCUCCCUUUGACACUGGCAGCACUGCCUUCAAAGUCCCCUGAGCACCACGGUGGGGAUUUCCACCAGCUUGGCUUUCAGAAAGUCUGUGCUGGUGUAGCAUUUGUCUUAAGGGAUGUGCUAAAAUGUAGCUGCUUGGAAACACAGGGAUUUGGAGAAGAAUUGGCAUCCAAUGACUCUAAGAAGGAAGAAGAACAGUCAGAAACAAAGAAUGAGCCAUUGGCAGCAGGGUUCAAACGGUCCCUGGAUGAUGGGGAAGAGAAAGAUAUCUUCUCCCCUUUUGCUAAAAGGCCACGAACUGAAGCUUUGCUCCCCUCUGGGGAGAACAUGACCUGGGACUGCUCAGUCUGGCACCAUGUGUGGCAGGGACGGCGACGUGUCCGUCGACAGCUCCAUGCGCUACACCCUGAUCCCAAAGACAAGGCCGCCUUGCUGGAACUGGAGGCAAAAGUGUCUGAGGCCAUUUCCCAGCAGAAAGGGGAAGCGAGGCCUGUGGACCCUCUACUGCGAUUCAUAGUUUGUGCCCAACUGGAUGUGGAUGGCACUCCUGGCAAGCCAGACACACACAUCAGCUUGAGAUUCACUCCAGUGCCUGAACAGGCUGUUGCCUUCAAAGAAUUCUUCCACUUCCUGCAGCACUUUUUGCCCCGGAUGGUGGAACAUCACUUGGCUAGCCAGGCUGAGCCCCAGGUUCAAUAGAAGGAAGGACAGCAGCUUCACCAGAGAGCAGCAUUUACAUUAUUUGUAUAUCCAUAAAAAUAUAAAGGAUAGGUGGUAAUAGGUGGUAAAACAAUGUUGUGUUUUAUGUUUGUUUACUUUAGUUAUUCCUCUCUUAACUACAUAAAAGUGUAUUGAAGGA